GUAGAUUUGAUACUGUUAGACACAUGUUUAUAUGGGCCGAGAUUGCCAGCAGGAUCAAGCUUAACUACCAGUUUACAGACGAUUAUUGGACGUUUACUGCAAGACAAUUACAGAACAUCUUAAAUAUUCUGCUUAUAUGUCCCUGCAGUGAAAGACGUUGCAGCAUUUACAUCUUUUGGAUGAUUACCUGAAUGUACAGGAAAAUGAAAAGGUGGAUUUACUUGGAAUCUUGUAACUGGAAGAGGUUUUCCACCAUUCUUAUAAUCCUUACUUUUGUGGUCAUUGUCCUCAUUGCAUUCUGCAUAUCUUUUGCACAUAAAAGGGGAAAUCAAAAUGCAAAACAAGAUCAACCUGAAGAAACAUGGAGGAAAACACAAAUAGCGGACAUCGAUAGAAGGAAUGAUUUAUCAAAAUUAAACAUGACAAUAGAUGAACAGUCAGAGGUUUUGAAAAUUGUACCAGAAUUGGAUGAAAAACACAAACAAUAUACGACUGGAUCUCUAGAAUUAAAAGACCUCAUGAUGAACAGAAUUUCUGCUGGGGAUCAUAGAAAGAGCACAGAUCUGACCAAUCACCAAUCAACAUCACCAAUGAUUGCAACAAUAUCUACAACGUCCCUCUUUUCGACUAUUGUUCCCACAAGUGAAGCAACCACAAUCAAAGAAACAACGUCAACUAGUGUCACUCAAACAUCUUCAGCAGAGUCAACUUUCUCAACCGAGACUGGGGCAGUCACCAUUACAAAUGAAUCCAAGACUUCUUCACAUUUUUCCACAUCUUCCAGUUCUACUCAAGGUUCAAAGAUUGAAAAUACUGAGACUCCAUUAACAUCCAUGCGAAGUGCUUCCCCUACCAAAAUAUCAACCAUUCUUUCAACAUCACCAAUGAUUGCAACUGAAUCUACACCUUCCCUCUCAUCUACUAUAUUUCCCACAAGUGAAGCAAUGCAAAUCAAAGAAACGUCAUCCAAUGUUGCUCAAACAUCUUCAGCAGAGUCAACUUUCUCAAUCCAGACUGGGACAGUCACCAUAACAAAUGAAUCCAAGACAUCUGCACAUUCUUCCACAUCUUCCAGUUCUACUGAAGGUUCAACUAUUGAAAAUACUGAAACCCCAAUAAAAUCCAUGGAAAGUGCUUCCCCUACCAAAAUUUCAACCAUUCUUUCAACAUCACCAACGAUUGCAACUGAAUCUACACCUUCCCUCUCAUCUACUUUUGUUCCCACAGUUGAAACAACCACACUCAAAGAGAUAUCACCUAGUGCAACUCAAACAUCUUCAGCAGAGUCAACUUUCUCAACACAGACUGGAGCAGUCACCAUAACAAAUGAAUCCAAGACUUCUCCACAUUCUUCGACACCUGUCAGUUCGAUCCAAACUUCAACUGUUGAAAACACUGAAACUACAAAAGCAUCAAUGGAAAGUUCUUCUCCUACCAAAGUUUCGACCACUCUUUCAACAUCACCAAUGAUUGCAAUGGAAUCUACGAUGCCCCUCUCAUCUACUAUAAUUCCAACAAGUGAAACAACCACACUCAAAGAGAUAUCACCUAGUGCCGCUCAAACAUCUUCAGUGGAGUCAACUUUCUCAACCCAGACUGGAGCAGUCACCAUAACAAAUGAAUCCAAGACUUCUUCACAUUCUUCCACACCUUCCAGUUCUACUCAAGGUUCAACUAUUGAAAAGACAGAAACUGCAAGAACAUCCAUGGAAAGUUCUUCUCCUACCAAAAUUUCGACCACUCUUUCAACAUCACCAAUGAUUGCAACUGAAUCUACGAUGCCCCUAUCAUCUACUAUAAUUCCAACAAGUGAAGCAACCACACUCAUAGAGAUAUCACCUAGUGCCGUUCAAACAUCUUCAUCAGAGUCAGCUUUCUCAACACAGACUGGAGCAGUCACCAUAACAAAUGAAUCCAAGACUCCUCCACAUUCUCCCGAACCUGUCAGUUCGAUCCAAUCUUCAACUAUAGAAAAUACUGAAACUCCAAUAACAUCCAUGAAAAGUGCUUCUCCUACCAAUAUUUCAAACAGUCUUUCAACAUCACAAAUGAUUGCAACUGAAUCUACACCUUCCCUCUCAUCUACUAUAUUUCCCACAAGUGAGGCAACUACAAUCAAAGAAACGUCAUCCAGUGUUGCUCAAACAUCUUCAGCAGAGUCAGCUUUCUCAACACAGACUGGAGCAGUCACCAUAACAAAUGAAUCCAAUACUUCUCCACAUUCUUCAACACCCGUCAGUUCGAUCCAAUCUUCAACUAUUGAAAACACUGAAACUACAAGAGCAUCCAUGGAAAGUUCUUCUCCUACCAAUAUUUCAACCAUUCUUUCAACAUCACCCAUGAUUGCAACUGAAUCUACACCUUCCCUCUCAUCUACUAUAUUUCCCACAAGUGAAGCAACCACACUCAAAGAGAUAUCACCUAGUGCCGCUCAAACAUCUUCAGCAGAAUCAACUUUCUCAACACAGACUGGGGCAGUCACCAUAACAAAUGAAUCCAAGACUUAUUCACAUUCUUCCACAUCUUACAGUUCUACUCAAGGUUCAACUGUUGAAAAUACUGAACCUCCAAUAACAUCCAUGCAAAGUGCUUCCCCUACCAAAAAUUCGACCACUCUUUCAACAUCACCCAUGAUUGCAACUGAAUCUAUACCUUCCCUCUCAUCUACUACAAUUCCAACAAGUGAAACAACCACACUCAAAGAGAUAUCACCUAGUGCUGCUCAAACAUCUUCAGCAGAGUCAACUUUCUCAACUCAGACUGGAGCAGUCACCAUAACAAAUGAAUCCAAGACUUCCCCACAUUCUUCGACACCUGUCAGUUCGAUCCAAUCUUCAACUAUAGAAAACACAGAAACUACAAGAGCAUCCAUGCAAAGUGCUUCUUCUACCAAAUAUUCGACCGUUCUUUCAACAUCACCCAUGAUUGCAAUUGAAUCUAUACCUUCCCUCUCAUCUACUAUAUUUCCCACAAGUGAAGGAACCACACUCAAAGAGAUAUCACCUAGUGCCGCUCAAACAUCUUCAGCAGAAUCAACUUUCUCAACCCAGACUGGAGCAGUCACCAUAACAAAUGAAUCCAAGACUUCUUCACAUUCUUCCACAUCUUCCAGUUCUACUCAAGGUUCAUCUAUAGAAAAUACUGAAACGCUAAAAACAUCCAUGCAAAGUGCUUCUCCUACCAAUAUUUCGACCAUUCUUUCAACAUCACCAAUGUUUGCAACUGAAUCUACACCUUCCCUCUCAUCUACUAUAUUUCCCACAAGUGAAGCAAUUACAAUCAAAGAAACGUCAUCCAAUAUUGCUCAAACAUCUUCAGCAGAGUCAACUUUCUCAACACAGACUGGAGCAGUCAUCAUAACAAAUGAAUCCAAGACUUCUCCACAUUCUUUGACACCUGUCAGUUUGAUCCAAUCUUCAACUAUUGAAAACACUGAAACUACAAGAGCAUCCAUGGAAAGUUCUUCUCCUAACAAAGUUUCGACCACUCUUUCAACAUCACCAAUGAUUGCAACGGAAUCUACAAUGCCCCUCUCAUCUACUACAAUUCCAACAAGUGAAACAACCACACUCAAAGAGAUAUCACCCAGUGCACCUCUAAAAUCUUCAUCAGAAUCAACUUUCUCAACUCAGACUCGGGUUGUCACUAUAACAAAUGAAUCCAAGACUUCUCCACCUUCUUCCACACCUUCAAGUUCCUUUCAAACAUCAACUGUUAAGAAUACGGAACUGUCGGAAAUACCUGUGCAAACUUCAUCAUCUCUGAAAUUUUCUACAACAGCAUUCACUACAACACACAGUGUUCAAACAACAUCAGUUGGAAACACAUCUGCGCCUCCAACUAGUAAUCAGGGGACAUCAAGUGUAACUUCCACAGUACUUCAAAAUACCUCAUUUUUGACAACCAACCAGCCCCUCUUUACAUCAAGGACUACAGUUACAUCUACAACAAAUGUAUCCACAGUGUCACAUUCACCAACUAAUUCUUCCACAUCACUGACAAUGACUCCAAAGGACACAGUACAGACAGCAACACCAAUUGUCAACUCCACCAUCACAACUAACAUGGUAACACCCACUCUCUCAUCUCCAUCUGCUGUUAACCCAAACUCGGAAACUACAGCAACAAGCCAUGCAUUUUCUACAGUCUCAUACAACACAAAACCUUUGACCCAAUCUACUGCAGUAACAAAUGAAAAAUCAAGUAGCAGUCCACAAACAUCUUCACCAACCGCACAGACUUCAAAGGCUUCUACAUCAAAUGCUACAAUCACCAUGACAACACCAUCUACAACUCCUCAGUGUACAGAUGAGGACUGUCAGUGUGCUGGGGGAACCUGUAAAUACAACACAACACUUGGAAAAUGUAGCUGCCACUGUCAAGAGUUUAUUUUUGGUGAUAUUUGUUCUUUCGGAGACAAUAACACCGCCGCUCAUAUUGAUACUGGAGCAGUACCAGCUCGAAAAGCAAAUUUUACCUUGGAAAUUCAGGUGUCUUUUCAGCCAGCCUUUAACGAUUUAAGCUCACCUCUAUCACUAAAAUUCAUCAACACAUUAAAACUGCAGCUUGAAGCGCUGUGCAGAGCAGCAGACCCACAAUCCUUUGAAAAAGUAGAAAUCAUCAAGUUAUCAGAAGGAUCUGUCAUUGCCGAGAGUGUGGCGGAGUACAGCUAUGCAAACAAUGAAACGCAAAUCCAGUUUGUCAACAGUCAGCUUGAUGGGGUUUUGACUAAUAUCUUGAAUGACACAAGUAACCUCAGGAAGAUUUCUCAGGCCUUUAAUAGCAGCAGUGUGACAUUGAAUGGACUCACUUUCCAACCACCUGCAAUUACCAAUGUUACUGACCUGAAGCCUUUUGUUAACUGCACUCAAUUUGCUAAUUACACUGCUGAGAUUAGUAAUGGUCAAUGGCAGUGUGUUGGACCUUGCAAAACAAACCCUGAUUACUGUCAUCAACAUGGACAAUGUUUCAAUGACAUUCAUAAAGGGCCUACCUGUAGGUGCUUUGAGUCUAGCCUGGAGCAGUUUUAUGGCCCACAGUGUGACCUCUUCCGUCGGGGUCCAGGUUUCUAUGGAGCACUGUUUGGGUCACUGGCAGCAGCACUCCUGCUCUUGAUUAUCAUUGUCAUAGCUGUCAUUGUCAAAAAGAAAUAUAUGGGAGUUUGGAAAAGGAACAACAGCUAUGACAGAAGACUGUCUGCUUUUGAGGAAGACUUCUUUGAUUUCUCUGAUACAGGGGUUCACAACUUGGGACUGGCAGGCACUUACACAUCUCACGGUUUCAGACCACAUCUAGAAAAUGUUGACACCCAAUUGCAGUUCACAACAAGACGUCCAGAGAUUUUGAACAUCAAUCCUAGAUGAAGGCUACAGUCUGGACACAGUUAGAUGAAUAUUUUUCAUUUUACCAAUUAAAAGAAUUACAGAUCACUUGAAAUAAUUUACUAGUAAUUUGUUGUUAUGAUAUUUAUGAUUUUAUAUUUAUUGUAAUCCACUGUAGCCUCUUGUACCUUCAUAUAAAAAUUAGCAUGUAAAUUCAGUCUGCAGUGUUUUUACUGAAUUCACACAACAGCUGUCUAUUUUUGCAGAAGAUUUCUCCUCAUUAAAACCUGAUUUUUAUUUUAUUUCAAAUGUUGUCAAUGAGCAAUGUAGUAAAGAGAAAUGCAAGGAAUAAGAAAAGAAAAACAUUAUAGCUAUUUCAUUCUGUCUCUUCCUGAAACCUUUGCCCAGGAGUUGUUUUGUUGUCUUCAUCAUACAGGAAUAUGUAUUUACCUCAUUGAGUAAAUUUUUUUGACCUCGUGGCUUUUUGCUGUAACCAUUGUACGACUACUUUUAGUAAGGGUGCACAGAAUAAUGUUAGAUGCAAUAGGAUCCAGGAGUAAAACUAUAGUAAGAAUAAAAGGAAAUUGAAAUACAUUCUAGUGUUGUUUUGUCAUUGCUGAGUUUGGGUUCAGAGGAAAUUGAUUAUUUAUUUAUUUGACCAUUUUUGGUUUUAUCUGCAUCUAAUAUUUAGUGUGCACUUGCCAUAGCAGCACAAGUGGUAUUUAUGUAUAACACAAAAUCUCAAUAACAUACAAUAAUCUAAAGCUCACAUACUCAAUAGUUGGAAAAAUUCACUUUGAUUCACCUGACUCCGAUCUCUUGCUAUAAUGUCACCUCACACACAGAGCUUUUAGGUGGUAGCUUGAGUUAGCAAGAAUGUUAUUGUAGUUAAAAGCUUGAAUUUAAACGUUUAAAAAGGCGGGUUCAAAACUAGCCAAUGUAAAUAAAGGCUGACUGAAUGUUUGAGCAAGAUUAGACUGCAGAGAAGAAGAAAUGGGUGUUAAUUUUACCUUGGGAACGUAUGAGACCAAUUUGUGUCAUUUGCAAUCAGAGUCUGGCCAUUUUAAGUGGUUAAAUACCACAGGGACACCAAACAUGCUCAGUGUGUCAUAUCAGGUACCACAACUGUAAGUACAAUUACAAAUAUCUGUCCAAUUUUAUGCAAACCAGUACAGUAGCCAUACAAUACGUCAACUGUGUCAGAGAGGGUUUUUUUUAAGUAAGCACCUGGGGUUUCAGUAUUUGUGUCCAUUAAUACAAAUAAGCCUGGUUAAAAGGGUAAUGGAUACUUGUGGGCGUCUCUCAGAAUAAUUAUAAUAUCCCGUCACUAGAUGGCAUACAUGCACUCAUUUUUGAUGAUGUUUUGCCUUUUUAGUGUGUGCAGAAGGAGGGCCCAUGGAAAGCAGAGGGGCUGAGCCAGUUUAAUAGAAUAUUCUAUGAUCUUCAAAGUGAAUAAGGGUGAUAUUAAGAUGCGUCACGGUUUAAUCAACCUCAGCAGUGUGAUUCUGUUGCAGAGCUAAUAGAGGUAAUAACAGUUUUAUAGGUAUAAUAACAGUCCAAUAUAUUUGUUCCUGCCAAUCUGACUAAUUGUCAUACUGGCAUCAGUGAGAUCUGUUUUGAAGCUGUACAACUGCACCUCAAAAUGUACAUCUCUGCUGCUGAUCCUCAACAGAAAUACAGAUGUCUUAUUAUGAACUAUGGGUGAGUAUAUGUCUCCAACUAGAGGCUGAAGACAUUCUUGUGACCAAUUUCUUUACCUUCACUUGACGCAGCCUACCAUAUUUUCUACACAAGUACUCUGACCUGAGUACAAUUUAACCAGCAGCACUUCAGCCUGAGUUAAAUAUUCACAACUAUGUCUGCCUCUCACAGCAAAUGAUAAGAAAGAGUUAUACAAAAACAAAAGGUUGAUGCGAACAAUCAGCAGAUUUUUCAAUCUAGCCGUAUGUUUUUGGAAAGUGGGAAGGGAAUCCGGAUACCUAGAAAAAAAACCAUGCAGAUGCAACAGAACAUACAAACUCUAAUUCUCUUGCUCCUGGAAAUAUGACAGAUUGAAGAUAUGCAGUAUCUUGCUGUAACUAAAAGUUGUACUGCACAUAACAGAUACAAGCGUGUAAGUUACCAUUUCAUAUGAAUAUGUUUUUCCAGUUUAAACAGCUCAAAGGUUUUUCCUGGCUCAGAAUCUCAUUAUUUUUUUAUUAUCCUGAUACAGCAACAGUAGCCUAAUAUAAAUUUACUGUGAACUACCCCAUUCUGUAAGCACCAAGCACAAUGUAUUAACUAGAAAUGGUCACUGUUUUAUGCAAAAAAUAUUUGUAUAGUAUAGUAAUAUGGCGUAUAGUUUAACCUAGAUUAAAACUGCAUAUGUUUAACAUAUUGAUUAGAAAAAAAAAAAGUGGUGUGAAUUACCUUAAAUCUGAAAGCUUGUUGAGUCAUGGAGUAUUUUAAGUCAUAAUUUACAGAAAUGUAGCCUCAUACAAGAAAAAGCUCUUUUGACAGUUUAUGAUGUAUUUACUAUUUACUAUUUACUAUUGAAGAAGCAUAAAGUUGCAUUUAACCAAUUAAUGUCUGACCUUUUUGUUGUGUGUAUAAACAUAUAACAGUUGCAGCUUGAUGUUGUAAUUGAGUUCCUAGACUUCAGACUGAGACCCUUCAGAAUUACAAUCAUAUCUACAUAAACUGUGGACGAUGUUUUAUUAUUACUCCACAUACCUCUUUGUUCUUCCUAACUUUGUAGCAGAAUUAAAUGUCAUUUGCUAUAUUACACCUGCAAGAUCAUUAUUAUCGUGUCCAUUUCACAUAUUUACUGUAGCGUAAGGGUUAUAUUAUAAAAUUGAAGUUAUAUUGGUAUUAAAGUUUUUUUCCUUAUUGUCAUACAUAAGGAGAUCAUUAUUUCUUAAACAUUAUUUCUACAACCACUAAAUCUCCAUGUACUGCAGAUCAAUGCAGCACUGCAGACUUGUGUUAAGUGUCAGACACAGCAAACACAACAGCU